AUGCCGCCCAAAAUUGAGGUUUUGGAAGAUGAACCUAUAGAGGCUAUUUCUCCAACCGUGGAUAACUCUCAAAAGCCUCCCAAGAAGAAUCCAUUUGCAACUUCAACCAAAAAAUCUACUGUGCGAGUUGAUCCAAGCAGUAUUCAAGAUACAUCUUACAGGAAUAGUACUCUGAAAGGGCUCAAUGUUCCUGGAAUUAAGUCCAGCUCGCCUAUUGACGUACUAUUUACCGAAUUAGAGACCAAGAUAAUGGGCUGCACUUUAUCAGAAUUGAACUUUGAAGAGACUAAAAAGAGGAUAGGAGAUGUGACCACAAGAUUGGAACUAGUAAGGAAGCUUAUGAAAUACUUGAUCGAAAUACAAAUCCUUAGCGUCCCCAAGGAUAUGAAGGGUGAAGAAGGUGAAAAAGAUCAGUUAAUAACGAUAUCCCUACAUGAUAUAAGAACUUUUAGUAGAUUAGUCAAUUUAAUUAUUAUACAUGGAGUUUAUCCAGCAUUGCAAAACUAUUCGAUUGGAAUCCCACUAGAGAAGAGAAGAUUAAAGGAUUUUUCUAAAGGAGGGGUUGCCGGAAAUAGUGGAAGUGACGAUAUUAAAGUCUUAUUGUGUGAUAAAGGAGAAGUAGAACCCCUUCUUAAUCUAAUGUUUGAUGAGUUUUAUAAAAUUUUCACCUCAGUUUCAAAAUCAUCUGUCAAGGAUCUUUUGCUAAGAGGUACGGGGUUCUCUGACUUCUUAGCUAUAACUUUAGCACUUUUAACGAUUCCUUCGAUAUCUGCACCAACAAAAGCUCGCAUCCUGAAAGUAUAUCCAGCAGUACUAGCUAUUCCUGAUACUUUUGAGUUGUAUCAAACGUUUUCACUAUUGCUCAGCUCCCCUUCGCCAAUUUACUUGAAGUCAUUUGUAUCCUCACAGUUGCAAUUGCUUCACGUUAAUGCCCCACGGAAAGAUGGACUUUUAACUUUAUGUGAGUUUGUCCUUGGUUUGCGUGAAAACGAAGAAGUUGAUAUUUCAAAGUUCGACCAAGUAGCAAAUGUUGUCUUGACUAAACCUAAAGAUAUCAAUACCAUUGUGUACUUUACUAGUAUUGGAAACCAGUCUUAUGACUUGUUGGUGAAUAUUAACAAACCAGUAGUGAAUAGCUGCAUUUGUUAUACACUCGAGAAGUUGUGGGAUAGAAACAAUAAAAUUGUAAUCGAUUUUAUGAUAAAAAGAAUAUGGAACAAAUUUAACCCACAAGUACCACCCUACACUGUGUCUGAAGUGGAAGUAAAUAAUAAUCUUAAUGUACUCAUCUCGCUUACCAAGAACAAUCCCUCGCCCACACUUUUGAUGGCUACAUUCGAGCCAAUUCUAUUGCAGAUUUGGUCCUAUUACAUUUUCAUAAGGAAAACAAAUGGUAAAUCGUUAAGUGUGGUCAAAGGAGUGCUUGUAUCUUACUUUACAAUUAUUCAAGAACAAAUCGGUGAGUCUCGGGAGAGCUUAGAUAAGAUUGCCAAAAACUGUCUUUGCGAUGGAGGUGACAACUGGGAAUUUUCAAAGGGGAAGAACGGACUUGUUGAAAUCACUCCAAGAGAAGUAAGUGAAUCGCCUGUUGCUUCCAAAGAAAUAAAAAUGAACUCGUUUUUAAAUUCAUUGGACAUUGCAAUACCUUUAUAUAUUGAGCUAUUGACAGAUCUAGACGAAUCUUAUGUCCAAAGUGAAUUUAUGGCUAUCUUUAAAAGGUGGUUAAAGGUGUCUGGCGAUAAUUCAAUUCCAUUGGAGAAAGAUUUUAAUCCAUUCUUUAUGUUAAUCGAUUUGAGACUCUUGGAAGGCAUUGGAGAAAAAUUUAAGGAUAGUUUGGGUAGAUCUCCUUUGGAAAUGUUGGAAAUUGUCGAUACAUACCUUAGCAAAGAUAGAGAAGAAAAGGCACACCCAAUGGAUGUUGAUUCUGAUGAUGAAGAUAGCGAUGAUGAAGUUGAACAAAAAGAAGCAAAUGCUGCUCUCCCUAUUCUACUUCAAUUAUUAUCAGCAAUUUUAUCGGAAACUUCCACUUCUGAACUAUCUUUGAGCUGUUUCGAUAUCCUUAAACAAAUUUUACCUAAACUUAAAGCAAUAGAUUCUCCUUCUGCUAAAGCUGCUGCCCAAUCUCUCUAUGAGAGAAUCACGAAUCUAGUUGAUGGAGAUACACUUCCAAAGCUGUCUAAAUCUAUGGUUCACGAACAGAAUGUUAAAAUGCUUAAACUAGCCAUAACUAGUUUGAAUGACCCUUUGGUACCUAUAAGAGCUCAUGGACUACACAUCUUACGAAAUUUAAUAGAGGCAAAGUGUGAAGAUGUGGUGUCUUUGGAUUUCGUAGUUGAAUUACAUUUGAAUCAACUCAGAGACCCAGAGCCAUUCAUAUACCUAAAUGUAAUUAAGGGAUUAGAACAACUUGUUAAGUGGAACGAAAAAGAAGUGAUUCCAAUUUACGUUUCGUUGUAUACGAGUACUGAAAAUGAACUAGAUGAAAGGUUGAGAAUUGGUGAGGUAUUGCUUCGAUACAUUCAAGCUUCAAACGAGUUAUUUGUGGGUAAGACCGCUUCUAUCGUAGUAGAGGGUGCGUUGAGUCUUAUUAGACGUUCUGAUGAUAAAGAAGUAGUUGACACCAGACUCAGGAAUUCUGCAAUGUCUAUUCUUGGUGUUUGUUGCAUGGUGAAUCCUCUUGGGAUGAUUGACAACGUCGGAAAUGCUCUUGACUGUGCUUUGGGGAUCUUGAAGCUUGAAACUUCAAAUGAUGAAGCUGUAAUGAGAAGAGCAGCAAUUGUACUUAUUCAUGAUCUCAUUAUUGGUACUUCUAACUCUCCCGGUCUACCGUUCCCCGAGGAAUAUAGAGCUGAAGUUUGGAAAGCACUCGAAUAUAUUUACUCAACUGACAAUGAUUUGUUAGUGAGGGAGCAAGCUAAGGUGACUUUGAAUACGAUUGAAGAAUUAGCUAAAGAUUCCUUUGAAGUCGAGGGAGCUGAUCAUAAGUAUAAAAAAUUACAAGUUCUCUAA